AUGCGUCCGUCCCUAAAGCCCUACAUGCGGCCGGAAAUUGUGGAGAAUACGGACGGGAUGACCACAUUUUACUGGCUCAGCCUCGCGUCCCUUAAGCCAAAGGGAGGAAAAUACCGCUUUCGUAUCAAGGUGAAGGCUGAUGUGUGCGCCCCUGAGACACUGGCGGUGGAUGCUUCCGCUUAUGUAGUGAAUUCAACAGGAGCCUCGUGCAUUACGCCUCUGACUAAUUCCGCUAUUUUACAUGUGCGAUAUUCGGAAAAAACUCCUACUUGCGCGCCGACUCCAGCCCCCUCCGUAAAUCCCGCGCAGCCUUUCCUGCUUUUUGGUCAGGGGCAGCGAUUCGCUCAAGGUGGGCGCCUGGCCCCCUCCCAGGCUUCCCCGGAGGCAUGCUAUGAGUACUGCUCGCUCAACGAGGGAGCGACGACUCCUUUCUUCUUCAGCUGGAAUACCGCGACUAGCCAGUGCUUUUGCUGCGUCGCAGUGUGCACGCCCUUCACCUUCGAUCCUAAUUCCAGUGUGUACGAGGUGCUCUUGCCCAAGACGCUCUCGCCAACGUCCACGCCCACUGCGACACCCACUGCGACGCCCACUGCGACACCCACCGCGACGCCCACUGCGGCACCCACUGCGACGCCCACUGCGACGCCCACUGCGACGCCUACUGCGACGCCCACUGCGACGCCUACUGCGACGCCCACUGCGACGCCCACUGCGACGCCUACUGCGACGCCCACUGCCACGCCUACUGCGACGCCCACUGCCACGCCCACUGCGGCGCCAACGCCAGCCCCGACCGCGUCCAGCAGCCUGACUUUCAAUACAAGUGCUAUAUUUUCUUCCGUUAGAAGUGGAGACUAUGCAUAUUUUGGCAUCACCUUCGACCCGGGUGAAAACUUGUUGACAUCUGCGACUGUGAGCGGACAGUAUGCGUAUUUUGGGACUAAGACUGCACCAGGUCUUGUGGUAAAGGUGAACCUGACUGACUUCACGCGAGUAAGCGCCAUCACAACGUCUGGAAAUAAUCUAGCAUCAGCGCUUGAGAAGGGAGACUUUGCGUAUUUCGGGAGUGACUUUUUUCCUGGAUCAGUGGUGAAGGUCAACCUGACCGACUUCACUGAAGCCGACGUCCUACCUCUCGAGGAUAACGAAGGCUCGCUGUUUUCAGCGGUUUUGAGUGGACAAUUUGCGUAUUUUGGGUGA